GCGGCAGCAGACUUACAGGACCUGUUAUUAUAUUACCAUUACAUGUAAAUUGCAAUUUACGGUAUCCAGUCGUUGCUACGAGCAUGAGUGUGACCAUAUCGUUCAUGUAGGCCUAACAAACUUUGAUUACUAUACUCGAUAGGCUCAUUGUGACAUAUUUUUACCUGGAGAUGAUAUCACGUAUUCGAUGUUUCAACAGAGGAUAAGACGGUUACGUCAUCGAAAUUUGUGGAAUAGUCAGUGUUUUUAAUUGUGAUUUUUUAGAAGAACCCAUAGAAUGUAUUACUGGUCAUCUAACCCGUAGAGAUUUAAAAAUCUAUCGGGAAUCCGACAUCGAAAGCUUUUAUAGAGCUCAACAAGUUUGCAUUAUGGUGCGAAAAUUUUAUACUGAUUGAUAAAUUUGGAAUAUGUGGUAUCACUUAAUUUGAACUACGGUAUUGUUUUAACCAAGAAAACCUACAAAAAAUAAACACAAGAAAUUGUACAAACUGUUGACUUGUGUAUAUAGCUACAGUAGGCAUGCCAGGUGAGGAUGGCAUGGGCAUCCAUGAGGACGUUCCUGUCAGUCGAAUAAGUCAGGAUGAGAUUAAGAAUAACAAUUUUGAUGAAAAAACAAAAUGCAACCGAGUUUCAGACGAAGAUAACAGUGGGUCGAUCCUAAAAAACGAAACGGGCCUUCACGACAAACUGUGUGAUUGUGAUGACGAAGAAGACCAUGAUCAUAACCAUGAUGAAAAGGUUGAUCGCAGAGUUUGGAAGUCAAAUCUAACGCCGAGGGAGAAAUUCAAGAAGGCGAUCCGACAAGUUCGUAUGAUCUGCGCUGUGAACAUAAACCUCAACAAGUAUGCGAACGAGGCUGGACAUAGCACAUUUGCUGCACACAUGCCCGAACUUUUGGGGACAGCCUCCAAGCAACAUGUCGUCGUUUCGUCACCUGACACAAACGAAACAAUAAGUUUUAACAGAAAGAAUUUCAAAUUUAACUAUGAGUUUAAAUGGCCGAAGAAGGCAGAAUCAUUGUUGGAAAAAGAUCCCGAGGACCGAACACCAGCCGAUAUCGCAGUGAUUCGUGGGUUGAUGUGUGGUCUUCAUAGUUUUCGCAAGUACACGCGCGUUUCACAGAAUCUGAUAUGCAAGGUUGUUCGGCUUGAGAGAUACAACAGAAGGCGAGUUGUCGUGCGGAAGGGUCAUUUAGGCUACGCAUUCUAUUUUGUUUUCUCUGGGGCAGCUGGCGUGACGCUUGAUAUAGACGAAGGCACAGCUUUUAUCAAGAAAGAGGUAACAGUUCUCAAGAAAGGAGCUUGUUUCGGGGAAAUUGCUCUUCUGAAGGAUGUACGACGUACAGCCACGGUCGUGUGUAUGGAAGAAACAGAGUUGUUAGCUGUCGACAGGGACCAGUUCUACUGCAACGGACUCCAUCUUCACUUUGAAAAGGAAUUUAAAUAUCGGUAUGAGUUCUUUAGGAAACUCGAUUUAUUUUCAACGUGGUCCGAUGAGAAGUUACAAGAGAUUAGUGACAUGGGUAGAAUCGAGGAAUACAAUCAUGAUGCCGUAGUCGUGAAGGACCUGCGGGACAUUGGCUGGCUUCUGUUUGUUACAAAGGGGAAAUGCGACGUCUUGAAAUUAGUUGACGUUGCGAAAUGCGUAACCACACCGAUCGAUAACGACAGCAGGAGUAAGUCUAUGCCAAUACGAUCACCAACCCCAGUGUCGUAUGGUGGAGAUGUUCCGUUAUCUCUUUUAAGCAAAUCUGACGUCAUUCCGGACCCGGGGGGCAGAGGAUGGCCUGGUCCGUAUUCUUCAACGUCGCCAUGGAUUACACAUAGCUCAAUGCCUGCAAACAGACCUAAAACAACGGGUCAGUUAGCUUUAAAGAAUGGAAAGGAAUCGGAACUACAGGAAUCUCGGCCUCGAAGUGCUACCGUCCGAUUUGAAACGUCGUCAGUGGUGGAAAGUACGAUAUCGGAAUUCGAUAACAGGUCAUUAUCUAACUCGUUACCCAAAUCCACCGGGAUAAGAAGAUCUUCAUACUCUGGUGUGUCGACUUCAAGUUCUCCAAAAACAUACGGGGUUCAGACAUUCAAAACAGAGGAUGUUGAAGCUGGGGUAUACAUCAAAAUCGACGAGUUAAGAUCAGGCCAGUGCUUUGGAAUCGAAGGCGUAACUGGUAGCAUGUCGCAUCUCUCAUUGGUCAGCUGUGGCAGUGAGAUCGUUCGGGUUUCUUUGUCAAAAUUCAAGGAGUAUGCAGACGAAGAGACUUUGGCGAAGGUUGAGGAGAUGAUUGCAACAUAUCCUUCCGACAGCUAUCUCUGGAGUAGAUUCGUAAAACAAAGCAAGUGGAACAUCUUCAAAAACAACAUGAUCGCAGAUAUCUUCCGUGAAAAGAAGACAAAUACCAAGCGCCGAACGUCCAUUAAUAGGUCGCUCAGCCGAUCAAGUGAUAGUGAUCAAAUUCAGUUCGUACAAAAUGCCUUCCCAAGGAUAAAUUUCAGUGCCCAGGCUUGGGCGGACAAUGUCGUACCCCGUGCUAAUGUUAAAAAUCGACAGACGCCUACUUACAGACCAAGAUCGAGGAAGAAUAGGCAAGGUUUAUCACCGCAUAACUCGAUGAAAGAUGCGUCAUCAGUCGAGGAGCAGUUAUCAUCAUCAAGCGUUGCUUCGUCAACACCAAGAAAACCAAAGGCUACACGCUUGCAUGGAAGCACUGUCUCGCCAUUGACAUCGAGAUAUGCACGUUGACAAAAAAAAUUGCUAAAUUUAUAUAGGAUUCCUUAACGUUUGAAUACUUCUUUCCUAUUCGUUCAUUUCAUUAAAUGUUAAUUAAAUUAAUGAAAAUGUAAAUUAAUAUUAUUCACAGGUGCAAUAUAUAAAAACAAGGCAAGAUAUAUGUCCCAGUACAAAACUGAUAAAUCUAUUAAGAAAGUUGCCCAAUACAUGAAUACAAUCUAUUAUUGUUAAUUAUUAUUAUUAACAGUGCAAUAUGUAAAAAAUGAAAAGUUCACCGAGGUCAGAAUGAAAUAAGGGAGUGUUAAAUGUGAAUGCAAUUUAUGGAUUGUAUUUGUUUAUAGAAGUUUAGAAAUGAAUAAAAAUACAGUACACCAGAAAUGCAUGAUAGCCAAGAACACAUUUAAUACACACAGUAUAUUCUUUUUGUGUUGUUAUAAACGUCAAUAACAUUCAACAUCUGAUCUGAUUAAUAUGUAUAUUUAAGUAGCUAAUUAAUAAUGUUCCUGUAUGUAGUUAUACUCCAUUUUUGGUAUGUCUACGCCUGCUGCCACAACUCCGAUUUCAGAGGUUCUGCGUACUAUACGCGAAAACUCCGAAAUUGAAGUUUCCAAACUUUUAAUCAACCCUCCGACCUCGGAGUUUAUGCGUAUUAGGCCUAUUAAUUAGAAUUGCUAUCUCUAUAUUCUAUAGUGAGAGAUUGUUUAAAUAAUAGUACGCAAAAAACUCCGAAAUUGGAGGGUUGAUUACAAGUUUUGAAACUCCGAUUUCGGGGUAUCAAGAGCUUGUUUAGUAAGCAAAACUCCGAAAUCGAUGGGUUGAUUAAAAGCUUGAAAACUCCAAUCUCGGAGUUUUCGCUUAUAGUAUGCAAAACCUCCAAAAUUAGAGCUUUGACGGCAUCUGGCAGACAAGUUAAGGAUUAUAGUACACAUCUAUAUUAUCAAUACAGUAUCUUAAUAGUUUGAACUGUGUCAUUGGAAGAUAAUAACUUACAUAACCCUUUUUGAAAUAACAAUUGAAUGUUAUAAUUGACUUGAAUUUUAACUUUUAUCCCUUGACUGUUAGAUUAGCUUUUGUUUAUUAAAUCUAUUUAUAUAUUUAUUAGGUUAGUUCCUUUCCCCUUAGAUUUUGUCUCAAUUGCUUUAGUUCGAUAAGCCCCUCCUAUUUACAAGCUCCCUGGAGUUUCUUGGAGGUCCAUUUCAUCCUUUUAUUAUCCUUGAAUUUGAUGAAUAAUGAAAAAAUUGUAUUGAUCUUUCAAAGUUUUCUUUUCUCUUGAUAAUCUACCACAGAUAGUGUACUGUAAAACCUCGAAUUAAAGCCCAGUAGGCUUAAUCUCGAGAUGAAGCCCAUCUCGAAUAGAAGCCACCCUGUUUAGUUUGCAAAAUUUUCCUCGAAAAGAAGCCUAUGGGCUUCUUUUUAAGAUAGCAAAGGCUUCUUUCCGAGAUACAGUAGUACAAUACAUACACUGUACAUGAAUUUGAAAAAACAAAAUAAAAUAAAAACAAGCUUGGUUCAUACAGUAGUUUAGCUGAUUUAAUGCCAGUUGAAUACACUCCAAGAUACAGAUUGAUGUUAC